CCUGGUCCUGAUUGCAGGCUAGGCAGCUCUGCAGAAAGAUGUGCAAUCUGGGUCUUUCAGCAGGCAAUCUACAGAGAGCCAGCCUAGAGCAAGAAAAAAACCAAGAUGUCAUUAAGUCAUACAUGGAUGAGAAAUAUAAAUUGGACAAAACAGAAGGAGAACUACAUGUGUUUGGGUAUCCUGUUAAAAUAGGACUCUGUUUUAAAUUAGCUGUACCUUUCCAGGUUUUAUUUUUGGUCUUUGGAAUAUGUUUUCUUCCAGUUCAGGCUGCACAAACUGGGAUCACUGAUUACUCUGAUCCUGUUCCAAAUCCUACACAUGCAAGUUCCAGGGCUCCUGAUCCUCUUCCGCAUCCUAUAACUGCAACUUCCAAUAUUGCUGAUCCUGUUCCAAAUCUUAUAAAUGCAAAUUGCAGUAUUACUUUUUGGAUGGAUAUACCAAUUUUGGUAUUACUCGUCUUUACUUCCAUCAUAGCUGUCAUCAUCCUGUGGAACAUAUGUAGGCGGGAACUUUGUGGAAAUUGUGGGGAACUAUGUGAUCUUGGAACAGGCCAAAACAGUGAGGAAAACAGAAAACAGCAGGAAAAUAAUCAUGAUCUCCAGCAGAAAAUAAACCAACAUCAGAAAGGGAACAGUAGGUUUUCUUUGAUUUUUGGAGUUAAUGUUAAUCAAAUUGAGCACAGAUUACUUGUAGAUUGUGGGUGUCACUAUAGCGCCUUCAAGAGAAUGAGGGUUCAAGCCAUUGUCAAUAACGUGUCUGUGAUGAUGUGUGGUUAGGAGCAGGGCAUUUGUAAAGAAGAGUCGGUGGAGUAUGGGCUGGAUCUCCAGUUUUGUGAGAGCACAGGGACUUGUGUUUGUUUAGUUAUGGAAUGCUAGAUUGUGAGCUGUUACUGAAUCUGGAUGAUGGAUCAUGUGUGGUAUAUAGGAAAAGGGUGAAUGAGUAAACUGGAAGCUGAUGAUUGGAGAUGGCUUCAGGGAAAGCUCCUUUAGUGAGGUAAGGUAACACCUUUUCUCCCAGUUUCUAAUUAAAAUCACACUGUUUUUUGAAGACCAACUCAAGAAUGAAAAACGUGAAUUCUCUUUGAUUUUUCAACUGCUGCUAUCCUUCAGAAGAAUGUUCUUAAAUAAAAACAAAUAUUUCUUCAUUUCAUAGUCUUUCCUCAAUCCAAGGAGAUUUGAUUACCCCACAGAUUUUUUUUUUAUCCGUAACACAGCUGGGGAUGACUUUCUCUUACAGCAAGUUCAUUAUUGCAAGGAUCCCAGCUCACCAUUCACACUACCUGCCUUUUGCAAUAUUGACGGGUUCUGUUGGUAAUUGUAACACUUUAGAGCAGUAGUUCCGAAA